UUUCCUGUUGAAAAUGUCUCUGUAAUGUAGAUAAAUGUGAGGGAUUUUCUCUUCAAAUCCGUCUCCUGUUUGCCAAAUCUCACUUCUCCACAACGAGACUGCGCAAUGGAACAAAGUCGGAAUAUUGAGAUUUGACAUUGUCCGCAUCUCAUCCUCUUUCUCGCUUUUUAAUGACUUCAAACAAGUUCGUUUUUGCAGGGCUUUUGCAGGAGACCCAUGGGGAUGUCUAGCGGUCAUUUCUUCCAGGGGCAUUGGUGUGAUGUCUUUAAGUGUACCAUGCGCUGUCUCUCGUGCACCCACGCCCUCUCGCUGGUGCUGUGCGUCAUCGCGUUGACUCCCGCGACACUGGAGGCGGGGCCGGAGACGCUGUGCGGGGCGGAGCUUGUUGACACGCUGCAGUUUGUGUGUGGAGACAGGGGCUUUUAUUUCAGCAAACCGACAGGAUAUGGGCCUAGUUCGAGACGGUCGCACAACCGUGGCAUCGUGGACGAAUGCUGUUUUCAGAGCUGCGAACUGCGACGGCUCGAGAUGUACUGCGCGCCUGUGAAGCCAGGCAAAGCUCCACGAUCUCUACGAGCACAACGGCACACAGAUAUCCCAAGGACACCAAAGAAACCCGGACAUAGCCACUCCUCCUGUAAGGACGUUCAUCAGAAGAAUUCGAGCCGAGGAAACACAGGGGGCAGAAACUAUCGCUUGUAAAGGACAGUGGAGGGAAUGGUUGAGAAGGACAAGUGAAAUUAAUGGACAUCAGAAAACGGGGGAAGAGAGAAAGGGUGUGGCCUUACCUGGUCCUCCACGGACAUGCUCCACUGUAAAAAAAAAAAAAAAAAAAAAAAAAAAGAGAGAGAGUAAGAUACUGGACAAAUAAGCCUCAUGUUAAGAAAAGCAAACUUGCAACUAGAGAGAAAAUAGGAUGAUUUUAUACACUACACCAUUCCAAACUGGGGGGAAAUGAUCUGAUGGAAAAACAAACUAAAUUAGCUGCUAUAUGAAGUCAAAUGAUAACUCUUAUUUUACCUCUGUGUAUGAACUGUGGAACCCAGAGUAUACUAAUAGCGGCAAAAAGAGUGCCAGUGGCCAAAUAUUGACCCCACUAGUCCAAUUCAAUUUGAUGAGGUCCUUAUUCCACUGAAUUAGGAGAGGAGAGAUUAAGGCCUUCUCUAAAAGAAGGAUCCACAUCAAAACAUUAAAUGACUUAUUCAGUGAAUCAUCACAAUACAUUUUUGAAAUAGUCCAAAUGUAGCACAAGUUGAUCUCAGUUAUCAACUCAAAAGCAAAUUUGAUCUAAGACUUGUUAGCCAUCUCAUAUGGGUAUGUGUUACAAGCUCCACCACUGAGAAAGGAGUUCGCAGCCAGAUCGUGUUCGACAGAUCAUACUGACAAGUGAGGCUGUCUAGACAGUUUACACCGGAUGGAAGCCUUGCAAAACAGAUGCACAGUGAGAUGACUGUUUCAUAAAAAACAAUCUAUUCUUAUUUGAUGUACUGUAAUGUGCAAGUCCAGAUCAAGGGAGAUUAUAGAAAAGCCUUAUGCAGAUGUGCAGAGGUGCUCCAAAGAGGCCACUACAUGGCAAUUUAGGAUUGACAGAUCAUGACCUACAUCCUAAAAAACACCUUGUGUUUUUUUAUUUAUAUUUUGUGUGGGAGGUUUUUGUUACUUUUGUAAUUAUUUUAAAUGCAUGGUUUUUCAUUCAUUAAAGAUAAAAAUGGAGGUGAAAGCCAGUCAGAUAAACAGUUAUCCGCAUGCAUUUACACCAAUAUAUCAGUAUGCACAGGAAAGAUAGAGGGAAGACUAAAUCAACUACAAAAACUGCUACUAAUCAUAACGUAUGCACCCAAAGAAAACAGAAGCAAAGCUUGCGCACCCAUCUGAAUCCUAACGUGACAAAUGGGAUACCCUAUGGUGUUGUGGACAAAGACUAUGAGACUGCAAGUGACAUCAAGUGCACCAUUUGUGACAGGGCCUGAGCAAAUGUUGCACAUUUUGCUUUGAAUACUGCUUAUCGUACAGGAAGUUGCAUCUUUUUUGGCGAAAGACUGGUCAGGUGAGCCGGACUGAUACUCACCAGCUCCAUUAAACCCCAAUCCAAGUGACUGCCACUGGGGUUGUGGAGUAUGACCGGGCUAUUUGCACAUUCUCUCUGCAUGGAGACCCCAAUCUCUCUGACCCCAACGGAUCACGUCAACCCACACUGUCUACUCUGUAUCUUUAUACUCGACCUAUACUAUCCUUUGCCUUCUCUAACCAUAAUCGUAUGUGAUGCCAUCAUAUAGCUGAACCAUAUAAAAAAAUCAACCCACUGUAUAAUGGUGCUAUUUUGUAGUUUGUUAUUUGCAGGGGUUGGCAGAAAACAGAGAUGGCUUAAUGUUGGAGGUCUUCCCUUUUGCACAGCCUUGUGGCCACCAUUGUAAUAAUAUUCUCUUUUUAUUUUAAAGCUAUUUCAAAAAAAGUAACAGAGUAAGCGAGCAAAAGUAUUUUUGUGAGAUCUGUGAAAGCAUGGAAAAUAGCAAGAAAAAAUGUAUAUUGCGGACCUGUGCUGGUUAAUUGCUUUUUAUUAUUAUUAUUAUCAUUCUCACUUUGAAUCAAUAAUCAACCCUAUGCCAAAUAACUUGCCAGAAAGUACUGUGAACUGUAAUUCUCCAACAUUACCAAUAUUUUGACUAUCACAAAGUAGUUUUUCAUGCGCUACUUUCACUUAUUUAGACAUUUUGGCACUGAUUCUACAACUUAUGAUGGAUUUGCAACUACCAAGGAAAUGGUGCAAAACAACCCUUAAUGCAAUACAGAGAAGAGAACAACUCUCUCCCUCCCUUUGAGUAAUGACACAGUUACAAGAUAGUUCAACCAGCUGCUUACAGUAGAGUAAUUUGGCCAAAGGUGAUGCCUGGCUCACACAGUACGAGUCUAUUCAGGGCCGUUGUUUUUCUUUUCACCUGCCUAUGUUUAUACUCAUCGAUAUGUCUAGGGAGGUUUAUUAGGAACAUUACACCAAAAUUAAGUCAAUUACACCACCAGUGCGAUGAAAAAGGUUAUUUAUGUUUUAAAUAGCAGCACAUUAACCACGAAAAGAGAAAUCAUAAAUCAACAGGAUGAAACAGAUGGAAAAUUUUAUUUUAAAAAAGGCAACUCCCUUGUGCGUUUUUAAUCUCAUCAGAAAUUUGGGGUUUAGUGUAUUUUUAUGCUUGAACUGGACAGUAAGUAUUUUAAAAGUAUGCAUAUUAUCUUUUCAAUUAGCAUUAGAAACAAAAGAAAAAAUGUAGAAUCAUAUUUAAUAGGCUCAGUCCACCCAGAAACAUUAUAUCAUGUGCAUGUUUAACAGAAGAGUUUUUAAAGCAAUAUAUGUGGUACCGGUACUCACGUAAUACCAAAGAUUUUAAAUAUCUAGUGAAAGGUUUGUUACAUUCAUAUAGGUUUGUGGUUGAUAUCUGGGCAGCACUACCGGUACUUGUUGAAUCUUCAAUUAGAAUGACACAUUAAGAAGCAUAUUGUUACAGGAAUCACACGUUUUUUUUUUUUUUUUUUUUUUUUGUUUAAGUUGCGGUUCCUCCUAAACUGAAUCUAGGACUGAGAUUUAAGAGCUUCUAAAAUGAGGUUCAGACAGGGGUGGGUAAUGUAUGAUAUCACUGUUGUGGCAGAUUAUUUUGCUUUUUAUAGUUCAUUUUACUUGCUAUUGUUAGUUUUUAUCUGAACAUGUCACUACCGAGACAGAAACAGAAUGGAAUGGUAAAUAAUGAAACAUUCCGGGCAUUGAUAACUUGCACUGAUCGUUUCAUUAUGCAUUUUUUGAUUGUGAGGAUUUCAUUACUGGUGCUCAAUUGCUUUCUGUAAAAAAUAUGAAAAUACUGACAGAUUGUUCACCGUUCCUGCUGAAUAAACCACUUGUCAAUA